UGUUUUACCUUAUCUACCUCUUCUCAACAACCAAAAACCCCAUCAUAAUUCUUCUUCCACUUUCAACAUAUCAUUUCAAUUCCAAUUCCAAUUCAAUUUCAGUCUCUCUAACCAUAAAAAUGACCCCAAAACAAAACCAACCAACAUUAACAUGGAAGCACAUUCCGGGCCUUGAACUUAGCAGCAGCAGCAGUGGUGUUAAUGGGUUCGCUUGCAUAUCGAAAAACAAUAAUAUAGAAUUCACACCGACAACAACACAGUUAAUGAAACACCCACUUGCUGUGGUUGCUUUGGUCCCUAAAGAAGCCGCCCUUUUCGCCGCCGGUGCAGUUGCCGGUGCUGCUGCCAAGACUGUUACUGCCCCACUUGACCGGAUUAAACUCAUCAUGCAGACUCAUGGAGUAAGAGCAGGGCAAGAAAGUGUAAAGAAAUCGAUUGGAUUCAUAGAGGCAGUUAUUUCUGUUGGACAGCAAGAAGGUGUAAAAGGGUACUGGAAGGGUAACCUUGCUCAGGUGAUACGUAUUCUUCCCUAUAGUGCGGUCCAACUAUUUGCUUACGAGUACUACAAGAAAAUUUUUAGGGGGAAGGAUGGCGAACUUUCUGUUAUUGGGAGACUAGCUGCAGGUGCUUCUGCUGGCAUGACUUCAACGUUUGUAACGUAUCCAUUGGAUGUCCUCAGAUUACGUAUGGCGGUUGAUCCUGGGUAUCAAACUAUGACAAAUGUUAUAGUAACUAUGCUAAAAGAGGAAGGAGUGGGAUCUUUCUAUAGGGGACUUGUACCUUCUCUCAUUAGUAUAGCUCCCUACGUUGCAGUCAACUUUUGCGUUUUUGACUUGGUGAAGAAGUCUUUGCCUGAAAAGUUCCGAAACAAAACUGAAGCUUCCUUACUCACAGCGUUUUUGGCAGCUGGUGUUGCCACACUUACCUGCUAUCCCUUAGACACUAUAAGGAGGCAAAUGCAAAUGAGGGGUACACCUUACAGGACGGUUUUGGAUGCAUUUCCUGGUAUUAUUGCUCGGGAUGGUGUCUCUGGCUUAUACAGGGGGUUUGUGCCAAAUGCAUUGAAAACUCUACCAAACAGCAGCAUCAGGCUUACUACCUUUGACGCUAUGAAGCGUUUGAUCGCCGCAAGCGAGAAGGAGUUUCAGAGAAUCUUGGAAGAAAACAGUAAUGAACAAAAGCUAGCUUCAAGUAGUUCCACUAGUUAGCUUAUUUUUUACCUUAGCAUAAAUCUUUGGCUGUUUUAUCGAUUCUACACGUCUUUUCUGGGGAUAUUGUAAUGUGUAACUAUGGCUCCAAAAAUCAGCUUUGUCAUAUUUAACGCUUCAUGAUUGUUCACCAGUUUGUAAUAUAGUUUGAUAGCUUUGAUGUUGUUAAGCCUUCACAUUAAUCCAAACAAAUGUUCAUGAAUAGGGAGAAGUUUAUGUGUGUGUAUGUAACUUGUGAUCAACUACUAUUGUAUGAAAGAAACUUUAGUUGGGUUCAUUGUAUGUAAGUAAUCUGUUAAAACUGAACGAAUCGUGUAAUAAAUCAACGUGGCACCCCCAGGCAUCUGAUACAUGGCCCAAUGAGAGACCUCUACAUCAGCUUGUUUACACGAUUCAUUGAGUUUAAACAAUUUACUUACAUACAAUUAACCCGAUUAAAGUUUCUUUCAUACAAUAGUAGCUGGUCACAAGUUACAUACACACAUAGAUAUUUUUCCCUUCAUGAAUAUUAAUAGAGUUGGCUCAUUUCA